AGUAUUAAUAGGUGAAAGUAGCACUCACAGCACAGAGUAUAUUAUGCAGUACUUGGAAAGAAAUCAAAUUGUGAACUAACUGUAUAGUCCAAACACACAUUCCACAAUUGAAAAACAUGUAACCAAUAUAUAUAUAGCAUCUCAUUCAUUUUUGGCCAAAAAAAUAAAAAAUAAUAAUUGAUGAUACUACAGCAUUAAAGAAAAGCAGCAUGCUACCUGUAAAAAGUUCCUUGUCCCCUUGCCCACAAGUUCCAACAUCAUUAAUCAUCAUCAUCAAACACCACCUCUUUUUUUUAACCAACCGGCAACCUAUAAACACCGGUUAACUCUCGUGCUUGAAACCACACUACUACCCGGUCACAUAGUUCUUUAUUUCCAAAGGUUGAUCUCACUCUCUCUUAAAACAAAGUAUGCAUGCCCUCACCAACUCCGGUGCGGUGCUACUCGCCGUCUUACUCUUCUUCCUCCUCAUCUUCUUCGCCGAGCUCUCUUACAUCUUCUGUCGUCCAUCGCCGUCUCCGGCAAGUAAAGAGGUUCUGCUCCAGUUCUUCACGUGUUGCAAGAAGCACCAGUCUCGUAUUGAGCCAACCGGAACUGUUUCUGUACAGAUUGAGGAGGAUAAUGGUCUUGCGGUGGCCACGGAGGAGGAGGAUGUAAUGGCGGUGGACAAGUGGCGAGUAUCUAGGCUUCUGUUUACAAUCGAAGAAGAUGAUUUGGAAAUGGAAGAUGAUAAUGAUGAUGACGGUGGACUAGUGCGGGUUGAUAUUCCGGAGGAAUGUUCCAGGGAGCCUACUCCGUUCUUGACGCCGUGUGAUUCUCCUCCUUACUUCACUCCUUCGCCUUCUCCUUGUCGGGAUGUAGAUGAUGAUGUCAUUGAUGUUUGUUUAUGACGUCGUCGGUAAUAGCAGAAGGGGUUGUUGUUUCAAUUUUCGAAAGGUCUCAGAUGUGUUUCCAGUGGUUUAUGUUAGUAUUAGGCGUGGAACAGUUUAGUAAUUAAUUACAUAUAUCUAUUCAACUCGGCUAUCUAUUCUCAAUACUUUAAUCUUUGAGGUAUGAUAGUCUUUUUUUGGUAUAACUUAUAUUAUUCAAAAGUGAGUAUGGAAACUUCCU